CUGCGGAGAGGAAAACGUGUACAUGUGUACAUGUGAUCGAUGACAACAGCAUUAACAUUGUCGUCACGACGGAACUGUGAGGACUGCAACGAAGAAGGUGACGCGCGCGCGCAUCUCGCGCUGGGGGACUUGGAACGAUGGAGCCGCACGCGGGAGGCUCGCGGAGCAGCGCGGUGCAGGACGAGACCGUGACGCACAAGACUAUCCUGGUGGGAGACAGUGGUGUGGGGAAGACGUCUCUGCUGGUGCAGUUUGACCAGGGGAAGUUCAUCCCUGGCUCUUUCUCUGCUACCGUGGGCAUUGGCUUUACGAAUAAAGAUGUCACUGUGGGGGAUGCGAGAGUGAAAUUGCAGAUCUGGGACACGGCGGGACAGGAGCGAUUCCGCAGUGUCACCCAUGCAUACUACAGAGACGCUCACGCUCUCCUGUUGUUGUAUGACAUCACCAGCAAGUCGUCAUUUGACAACAUCAGGGCAUGGCUUACAGAGAUCCAUGAAUAUGCACAGAGUGAUGUGGUCAUUAUGUUGCUUGGCAACAAGACUGAUAUGGCUAGUGGCAGAGUGGUCAAACGUGAGGAUGGAGAGAAACUGGCUAGGGAGUAUGGUGUCAUAUUCAUGGAGACCAGUGCUAAGACUGGCAUCAAUGUGGACUUAGCGUUCGCGACUGUGGCUAAGGAGCUGAUCGGUCGAUCCUCCGAUCUGCCCCAUGAGCCAAAGUUCCGCAUCCGUGACACCGCAGAGGUGAAAAAGCGAGAGACGGAAUGCUGCUUUUUCACGUAGGACCUCAGGAAGGAUGGAGGGAUGGAUGAGAGGGGGAAAAACAGGGGAAUUAGAACAAGGAGUGAUCGGCGCCAUCAGGCCAGCUGCAGACGUUAAACUGGCAGAAUGAGGAACAGAAGACGAUCAGCAAAACGACGUGUUGCAAAAGCGAUAAAUGCACUACUGCGCUAAUCAGAUUAGAAGAAUCCAGCCCCCGAGAUGAAUAGUUCAGGUUCAGAAAUAACGUAUCUCUCCAGGAUUUUGUACCGACUGCCUGAAUUUGCUAUUUAUCUCAAGCAUGAGUGUAGAAUGAAUUGGUGAAAUGAACUGGGCCGUACAAAACUGUGGAGGACGUUUACUUCCUGAACCUGAAUGUUCACACCUCUGCCACAGACAGUUAAAUUGUUUCUCUGCUUUGACACAACUGUACAAGUAAAUGAUUCAUUAGCUGAUAGAUAAUUAGCUGAUCACCUGAACCGGGCAUGUUGAAAAGUAAACAAUACAACUUGGCAGCAAUGGGUUUCCCAAUAUCAGAAACAUCUGCAAUGAAGUGACCAUCUGCAAACUGUAUAACCUUUAAAACCAGGAGAUACAUCACCCUGAAGUUUGAACCAUUAACACACUUGGCUUUAAUCUGGAGAUACAACAGAAGCCCUCACUGUGUUAGAUCAGAGACGUACCUAAAGCCUUUAGGGGCUGAUCUUCGUCCCUGGACACCCCUGAAUUAUAAUAAUCUCCAUACGACGGUGUUUUCAGGAAAUGAAACGUUUCUAGAGUCCUCUGGACUUUUAGGGUAGAGCAGGAUAACAGAGUGAUUCAGACACUCUGCACAGUUUCAGCGGUUGUAACCCACCAGUUCAUUGUUGGUACAGCUGUGCUAGUGCAGGAAUGACCUAAAACUACUGGUAAGUGAGGUUCAAAACCCUGAUCUAGACAGUGCACAUCCUGGCCACUAGAGGGAGUGGUAACUCAAAAUGUUUGAUACAGUGGGAAAUACGGCAUACAUUAAACCCGUGAAACCUGUUCACAACGUCGUUUAGAGCAGCCUGGCAUAUCCUCUAUAUGAGAAACAGGUCACUGGUAACUUUCUCUGCAUUAUUGCCCAACAUUUAAUUACACGAUUAUGCCGUAAGGUCUAAAUGUAUAUGUAAGGUAUAAAUUAUACCUGAUAUGCAGAUUUUUCAAGGAACUUUACCUUCUAUGCCUUUUGUUCAGGGACACAUUUGCAGGGGAGACUUUAGAAGUGUAAGAAGGAUAAUCUGAGAAGGAUAAUCUCCUGCCAGGUUUACUCUGUCUGGUCCAGAUAAUACUGCACUACUACGUUCCAGCAUGAAUGCUACGGAAGUGAUUUGCAUUGCAUCUGAUGUGUCUCAGGGUCCUAACUGAGGUGAAUUAUGGUCAAACACACACCUGAAUUGCAUGGGAAUUGCAAAUCUGCAUUUGUAAAUGUUGUGAAGUUAGAGCUCAUUUAAAUUAUUGCCUACCAUGAGUUUCAACUCUUUUACUUGCAUCCAAAUUUCCUCUCGUGUGUGUGUGUGUGUGUGUGUGUGAUGGAUAACUAUGACUGUCUCAGAAAUUUGAAAAUUGUUCAAUGGUUGUUCGAGUAUUCGACGGUUUCAGAUUUUUAAUGUUUGAAUUAAAGAUUCGUAAUCUUAACUGCAUAACUGUAUUUUAAACUACGUUUUCUGGAUCAACAGUCAAACAAAAAUAAAUGUUUUUAUUCA